AUGCUGAUCGUUGGCUGGUCGCCCAAGCAUGUGCGUGAUCCUGGUUGGUCGCCGACGCACACAUGCUCGCACGCUACUGCACGCACGCGCGGUCUCACCACGGCGGUCCUGCAAAAGAGCUGCGCGUUUAAGAUUCUGCGAUCGUCGCUGUGCACCAUUGACCAUGCAUCUUUUCGCCUCGAACCCCUGUCUGCUCGCUUAGCGGGAUCUGCAGGGUCCCUGUCGAUCUUGGAUCUGCCCCAUGCGGACGGAACGGUAGUCGAGGCCUUGGCAGUGAGGAAAAAGGCCAAGGCGCUUGCUAGACACCGACGGGAUCGGUUUCUCGGCCCGAAGCUACCAGUGUACGAGGUGGUGGAGCAUGAACGCUGGGCGCGCGAUAUGACCUCAGCAGGUCUGGCAGCCAUUGUGCUCAAGUGCCACUUGGCGCGACAGACGACGCUUGACGCUCUCAUUGUAUCGAUUCCCUUUAUCCGACGCUGCUUGACCCCCGAUCUUUGCGUCUCCCUCCGUCGCUGCCAGACCUGUCGAUCAUCCAAUCCAACCGGCUUUUGCCGCUUUCGUAUGACCUUGCUGACCGAUCAUGGGCGCCGUCGUCCAAGUGUCGUUCCGAUCGUAGGGGUCAAGAUUGUUGUUGAUCGGGGGACGCUCAGGGCCAAUAUCGUGGAGCUCAUGGAGCUCAGUAGGCGCGAGGCAUUGCGCAUGAAUGAACCGCGUUCACCUCCGCCCAACUCCGACGAGAGACUUGCGCUCGCCGACGACUUUCUGAGCAUGAAGGGCUUGGCACGCUGCACAUGA